CGAGAUCAGUGGAGCUCUUCUAAAGAAAAAAAAACAUUUAAACGAACAUUCUUCCCAUUCGAAGACGUUGACCAGAUAUUGUUUAUUAGUGUAAUACUCUAAUCGGAGGCAAUGGCGGUCUAUCUAAAGAUGCCACAAUCUCCAUCACUUUGUAGUGAAGUAUGUGUUCCAGAAACUGAUUCAGUUACUGUGUUUCAGUGUGAAAAUUGCAGGACAAUUCUAGGAGAUUCUAACAAUUUAAUUUGCAUUUGUGAAUCUCUGGCUUUAGUUACCAUGCAAGCAAUUCAACCUUCAGCAGUUAUGAUUCAUGAGGCAUGGGAAAAGUGUAACUCUUCAAAUGUUUCCCUUACUGGAAGUUCCUACCAAAACGUUUCUUGUACCAGGUGUCAGACAGAAGUUGGGAAAGUAUUCAAAAACCUACCCCCACAUCUUUCAAAAAUGUCAGGUCACAUCAGUUUGGAUGUGCAUAAAAUUUCUAGCUAUGAAGUACAACAACCAGCACCAAAAAAGAACUAUGAUGAAAUUCUCUUUAAAAUGCAGCAGGAGUUUUUCAAAAUGCAGCAGGAAAUCUCCAAGGUUCAAGUAGUUCUGAUGAAUUUGAAUGAGCGUUUUGUACCAAUAGAGGAUGCAUUGGCUCUAGAAGCGGGAGGAACAGACUGAGUGCUUUCUAACUUUUUGAGAGAUAGUGAAACCUUUUGAUGGGUUUAUUACUGACUAAAAUCUUGCUCUUUUGACCUAAAGCUUUUUCAUUUGACGAUUUUUAAUUUGAAAGAAAUUUUGUUUGAAAUGAAUAUCAAAAUUUUUUAAUUUUUUUUUUUAUUUACCUAUAGAUAAAUAUAUUUAUAUUUAUACUAUCUAAAUUUAACAAUUAUUGAAACUAAGUUUUCCAUGCUUAAUUUUUUUAUUUUUUUUAUUGCGCCUAAGGUACCAAAGGUGUAUGCAUUGGUAGUAUUUGGUAAGCACAUUUGGGUUAGGGUUGUAUGACAUCAUUGAGGCUAGAUCAGUCCUUAUUUUAUGAUUUUGAAGGAUUAUCAAAGUUUGAUAGAGUUUUAUUGCAAACAAUUCUUGAGUUGCCACUGACAGUGUUUUUCAAUUAAUUCAGUAUUCUCUAGAGACGCACAAGUUAUACUAAGGGAAACAAUAAACAACUUAAAAAAUAAUUAAGACAAUUUAGUUGUUACCAACUCCAAAUAAAUUUGUUGUCAUUCUUUUAACAUUCAGAUUGUCAGAAGCUAUUACACUUCCAAACUUAAUUUCAUAUAAUGUGAGGUAUAAAUUUUAGAGCACGUAAUACUGCACCUUAUCCUGUAUUUCCUAGCAGCAUCGCUUAGUUCUUAUCAACCAGAAGGCUCCUCGUGAAAUUCAAAAACUCUUCCUCAAUGUGUGAUAUUUUUCCAAUACUCCUCUGUGCACUAAACAUUGAAACCUAUGGGACCUUCAGCGGCAUUAGCAUUCCUGAAAAUGUGCACCUUGUACAACCACACUACAACCCUGUUUAAAGGACAACCAGUUUGAUAUAUUCACAUACCCCCAAAGUGUUAACUGUAAGAAUUCAAUUCAUUGUGUUGACAACAAAAGGGAGGGUGAAUAAGUCGGGCUUAAAUAAAUCAGCCUGCCACUGAGACUUAUUUUUUUUAUUCAAUCAAUUCUGAUGACUGAUUUCUGUUCAAUGCCUUAUGUUAUAAAAUACAAACAAUACUUAAAAAAAAAAGACGAUGAUUGUGUUAGUGAGAGUUCAACUCAGUGUAUGUUUGUGAAAUACUAGAAUGUAUAAAACUAAGACUGCUUGGUUGAUCCAUAUUGGAAAUUUGCUGUGAUUCCAUUGUACGUUGGUGAAAGUGCUUGAAUGUAUAACUCAGUGUGUGAAAGUACUAGUGAAACUGCAAGAGCCAAUGAGUCACAUUUCUAGUUGAUGUGUUUAAGUUGUAACAUUUUACUCCAUGUAUGAGUAAAUUGAAAUAAUUUAUUUGAUUUUGCAAAUUUAUUUAAAGUUUGUUUUUGUUUUGUUUUUACUGGUGGCUUCUGACAUAAAUGGUUGGGUUUAUCAUCUCAGCAAACCUUACAGCAUUAGGCUAGAAACCUAUGACCAGAACUAGUAAUUUUGCAUUUGCUGAUUUUGCUUUAUGUUAAAAUGCAUUUUACCAUUUAAGAUAUUAGUUUUUACUUUAUUUUUACUGUAAUUAAAAUGUGCAUAUGAUACAUUUUUUACCCUUCAUUUAAUAAACCCUUAAAAUGCAAGUUGUUUGGAUAUUACCUGGCCACUUUUGAAACAAUAAUAUUGGAAUGACAUUAAAAUUAUGGCUCACUGUAUGUUUAGAACUGUUAAUAAAAUAAAAAUGAUUGACAAUUA